AUGUAUCGCCUCGUUCGACCUCGGCACGCGUUUCGAUCUGCCUUCGCCCAAGCUCGACGGACUUUCCUCUCCCAGGCUAGGAACAAAGGUCCCCUCGAACCGCCACUCCUCGAAGAAACAGUCGGAGAGAACUUUGCCCGUAUAGUCUCAGAACAUGGCGACCGGCCCGCCGUCAUCUCCAGGCAUCAGAGCACGCGCCUCACAUACCAUGAGCUGGAUCUGAAUAGUAAUGUUCUGGCAAAAGGUCUACAGAGUCAAGGCGUAAAAAAGGGCGACCGAGUCUGUGUACAUCUCGGCAACAACGUCGAGUUCGCUACAGUUACCUACGCGUUGUUUAAGCUUGGGGCGAUCCUGGUGCCAUUGAACCCCGCCUUCAACGCGACUCAGAUCGCUUCGGCGCUCAACCACCUCGAAGCAACACACCUGGUCAUUGGCGCAGAGACAAAUCUCCCCUUCAAACCACCACGUUCCAACGUUCCCAUUCUCGAGUCCUUGGUCAAUGACCUCGCCGCUUCCUCGCUGUCCUCCGAUGCGAUUCCGAGCUUGAAGUCUGUGAUCCUAGUUGACAACUCCGCGGGCCGUGUACCAGUCAGCAAGCUCUGCGCUGCUACUCCAUGGGCACAACUGUCCCUCGAUAGCGAUUCGUCCGUGCCCACCCCCUCCGCCACGCUCUCCAACAAUGACAUUGUCAACAUCCAGUUCACAAGCGGCACCACAUCCAUGCCCAAAGCCGCCUGCCUUUCGCACCGCUCCAUCCUCAACAAUGGCAACCAGAUCGGUGAUCGCAUGCUGUUGACUCCGGCCGACAUCGUUGUCUGUCCUCCUCCACUCUUCCACUGCUUCGGCUGCAUCCUCGGAUACAUGGCGACGGCCACACACGGUUCCGCCAUUGUCUUUCCCACGGAAUCAUUCAAUCCCCUGGCGUCGCUGAAGGCAGUGCAGGAGGAGAAGGCUACCGCACUCUACGGCGUUCCGACCAUGUUCCUCGCCGAGCUAGAGCUGAUCAGUAACGGCACAGUACCGUACGAGGGCUUCCAGCAUCUGCGCACGGGCAUCGCAGCUGGGAGCAGCAUACCCGCGGAGCUAAUGCGGAAGCUGCACAAGGUGCUGAACCUCACGGAGCUGACCAUUUGCUACGGCAUGACUGAGACAAGUCCGGUGAGCGCCAUGACCACCACAGACGACCCGUUGGAGAAACGCAUCAAUACCGUGGGACGGCUAUUACCGCACGUCGAGGCCAAGGUGGUGGACCCCUUUGACCACACCAAGAUCCUCGGCAUUGGCGAACGCGGCGAGCUGGCCGUGAAUGGCUAUCUGGUCAUGAAGGAGUACUGGGGCCAGCCGGAGAAGACAGCGGAAGCAAUGCUCAAGGACGACGAGGGCAAGAUCUGGAUGCACACGGGCGACGAGGCGAGCAUGGACGAGGAAGGCUACAUCGCCAUCACGGGCCGCAUCAAGGACCUGAUCAUCCGCGGCGGCGAGAACAUCCACCCGCUCGAAAUCGAGAACUGCCUCUUCGCGAACCCCAAGGUCGGCGAAGUCAGCGUCGUCGGUCUCCCCGACGAGAAGUACGGCGAGGUCGUCGCGGCGUUCAUGGUGCCGCGCAAGGGAGCCAAGCUCUCGAGCGCAGAGGUGAGGGACUGGGUAAGGGAGAAGCUGAGUCAUCACCUCGUGCCCAAGUAUGUGUUUUGGGUGGACGAGUACCCCAAGACGGCGUCGGGGAAGAUUCAGAAGUUCUUGCUGCGCGAUGUGGGGAAGAAGUUGCUCGAGGAGGGGCAAGGGGUUUGA